UGGUGAGUGAAGCUGUCCGCUCCAGCGCGUUCACACAUGGCCUCUUCUCUCUCACUCGCGAUGACCGGGAUUUUGUGCUGCGUUAUCGAGACUUCCUACCUACUUUGAAGGCGCUAACUCAUCGCUUUCUGUGGUGAUUUGUGGUUUAAAAUGAUUAGAAAAGUGAUGUUCUGUUUUUGACUUUAGAAAACAAACUUUUAAACUUUCUUCGAAUGUUAUCUUACUUAUGAUUAACUCAUUUCGAUUCGCGUUUCAGCACAUGGGAUAUAAUUACACAAUUAUCGUACUUUUUCCUGACUUAGGAAACUAUUUCGAGUUGAUUGCUUCUUCGAAUUCGAAAAAUAUUUCAAGCUUAAUUAAUGAUCUAAUGGUGACGACGAAAAACACAGGAUGCAUUUACUAACAACAGCAAAGAGAGAGAGUGCGAAUAUUAAUUACCAUCUUAGAUGAAAUAUUCAAAUGAGGAGGAGAAUAAUUUGCAUGCAUGUGAAUCAAGGUAAAAUGUUUUCGUACAUUAUACAUAAUCAAAGAACUUAAAAAGGGCAAUAGCAAUAAUGAGAUGAGCGCGUAAUGGAGAAUGUUGACGUUAAUGACGGUUUAUCUAGGCGUCUGAUGAAGGCGACAUCUUGGAAGCGAAUUUCAGGCGAAGAUUUGGCACUUUCUCCUUUCCACUUGACCUCCACCAUACAUGUAUGAUUGCAUUUGGUCUCCCCUCGACCCCUGGAGGUGACCACCCCAGGGGCCCCUCGCCCCCUCCUGGAAGUGAACUCCCACAGCCAACUCCCCAGCAGGAGGAGGUGACCUACGACCUCAAGAAUGACCCAGCAGGUCAUAGUAGGCUCCUGUCUCUGCUCGCUUCAGUGGGACCCCUGACCAGCAGCAGCAGCCACUUCUGUCUCCUGAAGGUGGUUCUGCUGAUCCUCCACUGCUUCUGCUUGGCUGUGAGGGCGGCUGCUGCCAGCGAGGAGCAGGCUGGUCCUAGUGCUCUGAGAGUCGGGGAGCCAAUGCUGAGGUCUAUGGACACGCCCACGCCCAUUCUUGCUUCAAUCCAGAGGGCGCCCUUCGUCGGUUCUUCCAAAGGGAAGGGCAGUCCCAUCACGCAGUUCAUUGGUCAAUUAAGACCUUCUAAUUUGGGGAAUCAGAGUGAUGCCCUCUUUCUCGAAUUACAAAAGAAGGGAGACUUGUUAGUGGGCAUAACAACGCCAAAAUAUCUGGCAGUUCAUUGGCAGAGAAAUCCCGCUCCAGUUCGUUUUAAUAGUGAUGAUGAUGACGACGACAGGUCAGGUAACGAACUGUACCUCAGAUUGGCUCGAUCAUCCUGGAAGAAAGUCGGUAAGAGAAAAAACUGUGAUUUGUGCAAUAAGCAACCCCAGAAACGGGGAGAACAACAGAACAUAUCCACUGUAAAUAAUCAUAACACUAAUUAUAGUAAUGACAGCCUUCAUGGCGAAACUGACAAUGAAAGAAACAUCAGCAACCAAAAGUUACCUCACGACAUCCGAUGGGUGAAUGUCCCUGUGAUGCUGGAAACAAACCCAGACGUUCCCUCCAACGAGUUUUAUUCCCCCGGUAAUGGCAGGAGGUCGAGGAGGGAAAGGAGCGCGAGAGGCUCCUCGGGAAUCAAAUCCCUCAAUUCCCAGUCGAAGAGGAGACCUUGGAAUGGGAAUCUCCAGCAGCCUCUCUUCCAUCGCUCUUUGUCCAGAAGCAGUCGGGGAGACGAAAUGAAAUCGGGAACCAACUUCGUCCUGGGGACCAACGGCCUCAUUUUUCGGCAGAACUUCGCUGCUGCUGCUGCGAGAAAUGGCGACAUCAACAGCCCCAUCAAGAAGGCCGUUGGUGUCCACCACCUGGUGGGGAGCUCGGAAUUCAAUCACCCGGAAUGGACCACGCUACUCCCUGUAGAGGAAGCUGGAGGGGGAAGUGACGAAGCGAAAGGUGAACAGCGCAGAAUUCCUCAGCUGGAAAGCAAUCAGAGCGACCGAGGGAACGCCUCGUCUAUCCCCCUCCCUCCGAGGCUGACCACAGACCCCUUCUCCAUCUCUGACACCUGGCAGAGGAUCCUAUUCGCGAGGAUUCACGGCGAUGAAAAGUGGAAGAGGAUCGCAGAGCCGUCCACCUCGUUCUCGGCUCCGCGGGUCCCAAAAUAUUUGUUCCAAGUGUCCUCAGGGAAACGAGACAAAGAGGAGGAAACCUUUCCCAAAGAAGAGGUUUUCAGAAUGGCCAGGGAGGAAGAGGUUGACGACCAGGAGGAUACGGAGGAAGAGGAGAAAGGUGGCCUAGGGGGCGUGGCAUCCUCCGAGGGUGAUAUUGAAAACUGGAGGUCAUCGGAGACUUCCGGGAAAACGACAACGGUCUUCGUGAAUUCGUUUCAAAGGAGGGGCGUGUGGGAGGCCAGGAGGGAGGAGGUGGGAGGAGGUGGAGGAGAGACUGUGGAGGAUGGGGUGCAUAAGCCAGACAAGAAAGGGAAGAAGAGCCUUAUCUUCCUCUGGGAAGAUAAAAGCGUUCACGAGGGACAGAAGCGAUCCUUCAAGAAACGCCGACAGAAGAGGAAGAUCGAGAUGCUAGACGUGACAGUGGUUGAGGGAGGGUUGGCAGCCCUGCCCUGCGACCUCAAAGUCGAAGACCCGAAGGACUCGGUUCAACUCAUUCUUUGGAUCAAGGAAGGGAUCCACACGCCCCUUUACAGCUACGACUACCGAGAACUGCUGGGAGGACGACCCAGAGAGAUCAGACCAGACGCCAACUCAACACUCUCUAGAAGAACGACCUUCAGAACAGACAGGACACCUGCUGCUCUGAUUAUUGAGAGGACAGAUGCCGAGGACGCAGGUAUAUACAGGUGUCGGGUCGACUUUCUCCUCUCUCCGACCAUAAACAGGAGGGUCAAUCUCACGGUUAUUGUUCCGCCCAGCGAGCUUCGAGUCAGCUGGCAGCUGGGCAAUUCGGGAUUGAUGGAGGUCCACAAUAGAGAGGCCGGACCCUUUUUGGAAAACUCCCAGCCAUCGCUCGCCUGUUUCAGUGAUGAUGGGUGGCCUCCACCGUCCCUGUCGUGGUACGAAGGAGACGAGCUACUGGACAGCUCGUACACCUACAACGCCGUCAAGGGUCAGGUCGAAAACGAGCUGUCCCUCGCCCCCUUGACCAGAGAUGACCUGGGACGCCGGCUGACCUGCCAAGCGAGUAAUUCAAACAAGACGCAUCCUACCGCACUUACGGUCAGCAUCGCCAUGACCUUGAGCAUCAUCAGCGUCGAGGUCGAGCCCUUGGGAAUCGUGUGGGCGGGAGAGAAGACGGACGUCGAGUGCCACGUCUGGGGGUCGAGGCCCUCCCCUUCCGUCGUGUGGUGGCUUGGCCAUCAGAUGAUCCCGACGACCCAGAGUAUUGUAAGCAAAGUCCUGGACGAAGGGAACGAGACGAUAUCCGUUCUGAACUUCGUCCCCACGCCCCGGGACGACGGGAACAUGCUCAUUUGCCAAGCCACCAACGAGAAAUUGCCAGACCAGGCGGUGCAGGAUUCCAUCCUACUAUCUGUGAACUAUGCUCCCGUGGUCGAGGUGCACCUUGGGAAAUCAUUGAACCCCGACAGAAUAAAGGAAGGCGACCACGUCUAUUUUGAAUGUUCUGUCAAGUCGAAACCUCCUGUAUUGACGGUUUCUUGGAGGCAUAAUGGACGCCCUUUGGUCAGCGGGAGCUCUGAGCAGGUCCUGGUGUCCAACAUGUCUCUUGUAGUCCAGGGCGUGACGAGAGCCCACGCCGGGAAUUACACCUGUCACGCGACUAACGUCAGGAAUACGUCCUCCUCGGCUCCGUUGAGGCUGGAUGUCAAGUACGCUCCCGUGUGCGCCAGCAGUGAAAAGACCCAAUACUCCGUCGCAAAACUCGAAAACGCAGAAAUUGCUUGCAAGGUCCACGCAAAUCCGGCCGAUGUCACCUUCAAGUGGACCUUCAACAACACGGCAGAGGCCAUUGAUGUCCCGGAAGGAAGGUUCGUGGUCGUGAAAACAGAGUCCCGAGUGAACUAUACGCCGAUGAACGAGCUGGAUUACGGGACGCUUUUGUGCUGGGCCAACAAUACCAUUGGGAUUCAAGCGCACCCAUGUGUCUUCCAUAUAGUGGCGGCUGGUAAACCGGACCCCCCACAUAACUGCAGAGUUUUCGACGUCACUGUGAGCUCGUUGCAAAUUGCCUGCUUGGCAGGUGACGAUGGAGGUCUGACGCAAAAUUUCUCUCUGAAGGUCUACCAAGUAGGCAAACUGGACCCCAUCGUGAACGUUAGCAGACUUUCCCCAUCCUUCAGCAUCUCCGGCCUGCGACCUGCUACGGCCUACAAGAUCACCAUCGUGGCUAUCAAUGACAAAGGGUCAUCUAAGGUCACCGAGCUGAAGGCUUAUACGAUCACCGUGCCCGAAACUCCCGAGGAGACCAACGCUGAACCAGCGAGAGACCAAAGCCAAGAAACUCGAGUCCCAGUGGCAGUGGCCGUUGGCAUCGCCGUGGCCUUGGUGCCAGUUCUCGUGAUGCUGGUCGGAGUUCUCGUCAAGAGCAGGUUCUGCGGCGCCUGCAAGAGGCGCUCCAGACGCGUCCCGGAGACGGAAGGACCCGAGAAGGCUUGCCACAGCAAGGAGGUGGUUUCCACCGUGUCCGCAGACGACAUCAAUCCCGAUAUCAUAUCUCAUACCGCAGAUCCUCCUGUCUGGGAAGGUGACCAACAGGAGGCUGCCAAUAUAUCGACCAUAAUUCCUGCCUCCUCCGACCUCCUGCCCAACGGAGGGUCGACUUCCUACCCUGCGGCGGUAGCGUCUACAAGCAGCAGCAGCGGUGGAGGGGCGAAGCCUUCUCCUUCGUCAAGAGUCGCGGAGCAAAAGCAGCAGCCGGCGACCUGUAUGGCCCACCAUCACCACCACGUCCACGAUACAACGUGUCUGAACACGUCCCUCCACGCUCACACUUGUCUCAGUAGCGCAGCUGCUGCCAUGCCUACAGUGCCUUAUUACCCGGGCAUCCACCAGCACCAGGCAGUCGAGGCAGGUGUGCCUCCUCCUCCUCCCCCAGAAUCCUUCAAUUUAGGCUGUGUCUCAAGCCAGCCUUUACAGCCUGCACUGCCUACCUCGUUCAACCCUCUCGUUUCUACGCUAGACCGGAAAAGGAACCAACCGAGCACCUCCCAGCUAACCUGUCCCCAUCCGGAGACUCUCCCAUUAAAGUACAUGCAAGGGAGCCAAAACCAGCACCACAUAUUCCCGCAUAUUUACCACCAGCGUCCCUCGGGCGCGUGCACUUCUUGUGGGCCAGGCAAGCCAGUAGUCCAGGCAGGACUGCACUGCCCCUUAUCGCGAAUGCAGAGCUUUCCGAACCAGUCCGUUGCGUUGGGAGCACGAUCCCAUCACGGGUCGCAGUGCAGUUUGUCCCACACCGCCUCCUCUGGGUAUCCGGGACAGAUCCCUCUGCCUGUGAUCAGCAGGGCCUCAGAUGUAGAGUUCGUCCACCCACUGAGUGAUUCCAAAAAGUGCUGCGGCAGUGGCAGGACUUCCUCGGUGGUGUUGUCGCCUCCCCUCGUGCGUCAGGUAAAACCUGAGGAGGGAAGGAAACACGAAAGGGCAGUGAAGGACUCGGCAGCAGUAGCAGCGGAUCCUUGUUCCUCGCCAGGACAAUCAACUAGAGAGAGCACGGUGUAGGACUCUAUAGGGUAUCCUUUAUAGCCUUUGUUGAGAACAGUGCCAUUUUCAUCGUUGACUGUUCAUGUCGUGUCCAGGAUCAGUGAAGUAUUGACUGGUUGUGAGUGAGGACAGAAAACUGCUGAGGUGUCACAGUGUUACGCAGUGUUGCACAGUGACUAAACUAACUGUUGUUUUACUUUGUUAAAGGAGUUUUUUUGUCUGGAACUGCCCAGUGUAUACUGUUGCAGAUGUGGUCUGUGAUAUUUUGGGUUACGGAUGAACGAUUUGGAGGUAAAUGUAGAAUCCGUUCAUAAGUGGUUCGUGUUUACAAAAGUUAGAAAAUAUUUGCAAGAAACUCAGAAAAUAUCGACAAAUAACAACGUCACUUGAAUCACGCAGAAGAUUAUCUAGCCCUUAAAGCAUAAUAGCUUCUCAUUCAGUAUAAAAAAACCUUCAGUAUCCUUGCAGGCACUAAACUCAUAAAAUAAUACUAAACAGAACCCCAUUAGAGAAGUAUAAACGUCCUGACUUUGAAAGAAAAUUAUCUAUAUCAGGAAACCAUUUACAAAAAAAGAUACCAAGUGCAUUUAAUGAUUCGGACUGUGAGUAACUAAUAAUUGAAAUCUAAUUCUAAUAUCAUUAGUAUCAUUUUGAAGUAUAUUCUCUCACGAUUUUAGUUUAUAUCUUUUUACGGAAUGGAAAAUCGAUUUCUUUAUAUAUAUAUAUA